CACGAAUUUUUCUCCGCGGCACGCUUGGCGGUGCGUAGGUUUACCCCGCCUGAGUAAGUCCGUUCUGUGUAUGAAGGGUGCCGUGCUUGCAACGGAAUGCAGUCACAACCGUGUUUCCGAACGGAGAUUUCGUCGAGAACCUUCUGAUUCGCAACGAGACGGACUUCUUUUUCGACGGAGCACUUUCGCCGCCAGCCCCGCCUUCCUUUUGUAACCCACCCAGAACAACCAGUGAGGAGGAUUCACAGAUGCAAACGGGGGCUUUCCGCUAGCUAGGGUCAUGGACAACUUUGCAGAGACACCGAACGAAUCGUCGCCCGACGCGGCCAGAACGAGAAGCGAUGGCGGCUCAGGCGACCGGAGAAAGAGAGAGUCCAGCUCUCCCGCGGCCGCGGAGGUAAGCGGCAUGCGUGCUGCAGCCGUACCGAGGGGCGAGAGCAAGUCGCAGGACUCCGUUCUGGGAGGCCACGGUGUGCGUUCUCGCAGCGGUGGAGUCGGAGCGCCGUCCGGAGGCCUUUCAAUGCCGUUCGCGUCGCCGGAUUUCCCGAGCACCCCCAACUCAAUAUCUCAGCUGCUGACCAACCUCCCCAGCUCUGCACUCAUGCUGGAAGGGCUAGAAUACCCGUCCCCGCUGGGUUCAGGUAUCAUCAGCCCCCUCACUGCAGGCUCAGGUCAAAAACUGGGGCACAAACGACCAAUUUCCAUCUCCCCUCUCUCCAGCACCUCACAACUGGAGCUCAACAGUCUCAUGAGGUCCUCUCCAAGCUCGCUCAUCAACUGCAUAUCCUCGUCUCGAGGAGACUCGGCCAAUUCCAUUGGUCACCUCAGCCCCUCCCUCGCUACAAACAUCAACACUUCUCUCUUUGCCUCUCCGCACAAGGCACCAUUGUUUAGUCUUCGCAGCGGAGCUCACCCUCCCCCACUGAACGUGACGGCAUCUUUCCCGCUGACAACGACAGCCGGACCGUCUCCCGAACGUCGCAUGCAGAGCAGAGAAUCUGGAGGCAGUCGAUUUUCAAUCAAGCAGGAGCCUCUAGACGAAUCGGGCGCCUCCCAGGCCUCCAGAAAUGAGUCCAUGCUCCAGUUCAACACAAACAGUCAAGAGAGUGGAUUCAACUCCCAACCACGAGAGCUGGAAACACUCCACGAAGAAGACGAUAUUUUCUCCGACGACGAUAUGCAGACGGACCCCUCGAACAGCGACUGCUCUUCGCGGUACACCGGAGAAGGCGAGUCCCAGGACUCCAAACAAGGAAUACUGGACAGAAAACCUCGCAGGGUCUACUACAGCUAUCCUUCGGUUGAAGAGCCCCACAAUAACGUCUGUCAAUGGACUGGCUGCGAAACCCAAUGUCAGGACUUGAACGAUCUGGUCCGCCACGUCAACGCAGACCACAUAUACAGGGACAGCAAGAAGGAGUUUGUCUGCCAGUGGGCCAGCUGCGUGAGAGGCAAAAAGCCGUUCAAAGCACAGUACAUGCUCCUGGUUCACAUGAGAAGACACACGGGAGAGAAGCCACAUAGAUGCACCUACGACGGAUGCGACAAGGCAUACUCCAGACUGGAAAACCUUAAGACUCACCUCCGCUCGCACACUGGCGAACGUCCGUAUCUCUGCAAGUAUGAAGGUUGUGGGAAAGCCUUCUCAAACGCCUCAGACUGCGCCAAACACAUGAACAGAACUCACUCAUCCGAGGUAAGCUUGAGUACUGAAUGAGAGUAUUGCAGCAAUGGGCUUUAUACGCACAAAGC